GUCAUUAGCGUCAUCUGGAGCACACACCACCACCUUCAGUUCCAUUACUACUCACCGUUCAACUUCCCAUCCCAUCUGGCAUCUCCUCCUGGCUCUGUGGCGCCCCAAGGAUACCACCACUGCCUCCUCAGCAUCCGCCACUGAGACGUAUGGCCACGAGUACGCUUUCACAAGGGACGGACAUCAUGCUGUACCUCUCCCUUCAGCGGCGCGGCAGAUACAAUUACCGCAGAAGAAUGAAACCAACAGUGACCCUAGGAACUAACAGUGACUCUUACAGGCACACUGAUCCUUCCACCAUCGUCACAAGCACACCACAACAGUCAAGCCCAGACACACAGCCACCUGAAACCGAGCAACCCCCAGAUCCCGACACUCCUCAUCACCCAACUCUGAAAAACAAGCAGGAGAUGCAACACACUGAUGCUAACACACAACAACAACCAGAUCCAGACACUCCACAACACCCAACACUCAACACCAACCAAAAAACAGGUCCGAAAACUACUCAACACCCUGAUGUCGACACCCCAAAACACACAGAUCCUAAUACCCAGCAACACUUAACUGAAAACACCGAGGUACUUCAUGGAGAACGUGAUAUCUUGCAACACUUAGAUUUCGAAACACAACAGCACCCGGAUAACGACACUCCUCAACAUCCUACCAGGAAAAACCAGCAACACCAAGCAUCCAACACUUCGCAACCCACUGAUUCUGACUCUCCUCUGCAACACUCGAACCGCAACACCCAUCAACUCUUGGAUUCUGAGCAGCAGCAAUCCGAGCAAGCCACACUGCAACACCAGGCUCAAGACACCCAGCAACACCCAGAUCCUGACACACCACAACACCCAAUGCACAACACACAGCAAAAGCCGAACCUUCGCACUCCUCAGCACUCGAAUCCCGAUACCCAGCAACACUCAGUCUCCAAUACUCAGGAACACUUAGAUCCUGAUACUCCCGAACACCCAACUCGCAAAAAUCAGCAACUCUCAGUUGACACACAUCAACACUCCGAUUCCGAUGCACCUCAACAUCCACCUGUACAGAAAUACACAAUACCCGAGAGCCAACAACACACAACACCUGUCACACAGCAACACUCAGCACCAGAUAUACCUCAUCAUCCAAAAUUCAACACCCAGGAAAAGCCAAGUCAACAAAACCAAGCCUCAGAUGCACACACGCAACGCACAACACAAGAUGCCCAGGAAAACCCAACCAUCGUUGAAGGUCAACAGCCGGAGUCCACCGUCCCUCACCACCCAACGCGUAACACGGAACAAAAGCAACACACAGCACAAGACACUCAAGACAAUGCCGCUCACCCUUACUCUUCUAUCUCCCUCCUCCACCCGCCACACGCCCAGUACCACCCAACUCCACACACAGAGCAAACUCCGACCACACACACCGAGCACCGCCCAACUGCACAUCCAGAGCACCGCCCAACCGCACAUCCAGAGCAUCGCCCAGUCCUGCACAUCCAGCCACACCCAACGUCACAGACACAGCAUCAUCCAACCCUGACGCCGCAGCUCCUGCUCGGCACUCCUUGGCGGCUGCCCCACUCAGACGUGAGCCUCACUCCACAGGAAGAGGGAGCGGACUCUUCUUCUCACGAUUUUUCAUACAAGAAGAGUACAGCAACCUCUCAAAACUUUCCUAUCGAUGCUGUCCACGGAGAGACUCUGGGCGGCAAAGAGCACAACGAGUCGUCACACCCCGCCAUGAUGGGAAGUCACGGGGCAUACCCAGCGGCGGAGAGAAGGCCGGAUGAAGAGGACAGCCCACCUGUUGAGCCGAAGCUGGAUGACCACUUUUUUAUGCACCCUAUGCCGCACUACCGUGAUGUCUCGUUCACCAGCCCCCCCACUGGGCAUGAUGCCACGGACACUAGCACGAGCAGCAGUCCAUUCAGUGUCGAAAUGGGACAGGACCUCUCCACUCCAAACAGUAAUUCCUCCCAUGCUACAACAGAGGCGCAGGAGAUGGAGGAGGAUCAGGUCAGAGAGGAGCUUUCUCUUCACAUUGAGGAACAUCCAAACCAAGAUUCAUCGGCUUUUCACAGCGAGCGUGGGAAGAAAGUUCUGCAGCUUCAGGGACCAGUAGUAAUGGAAUCCAUCGAUUAUUCUUCUCUUGUUCCACUCGUGGGACAGUCAAGGGAAAUGCUAACCUUAAAAGACAAUGAGACCACUGUCCUAGCAAUGCUGAAAGUCGCACAGACCUCGGGAGGCUCCGGGGACACACUCCAGACUAAUGCAAUGAUACAACCUGAAGAUAUGAGUAGUGUAGGGGACGGCCGCUACACUGAGGUGUCUCACCGAGACAGCCUUCCCAGCCUCGAGGUGGGUGUUACAGGAACCACCACAGCCAAGCUGGUCCACACGGAGAAUGGGGGUCGUGACAUGAAGGCAGUCUUGAUCAAAAAGGACUCCAAGUCGCUGGACAACAGGAAGACAGUGAACGCUAUUGACACCACCGCGGAAAAAAAUCAAGUUGACGUCACUCGUGAACAAGACGAGACCAACAUUCUCUCCACGACUAAGCCAAUAUACGAGGAAAUCUCAGGCGCGUUGAAGGUGGACACGAGUAUUGACGACGUGGAGGACUUUGACGUGCAGAUGAAACACACCGAGCAUUCCAAUGACUUUCUCCCGCAGGCCAACACGUCGCACAUCAACCUCAUCGACGUGUCCCUUCACUCACAGAACCCCAGCGACCUUCUUGAUAGCAACGAAUCCUCUCUCCCCUCCACCCUUAACCCCUCCUCCUCGACCGACCCUCAGACUUCCCAGACCCCUACUCCGCAGACCUUCUCUAAUUAUCCCAGCCACUACCCACCCAAGUUCACCAUCAGUCAGGAGACAGACGCCACCAUGACCACAGUGGCAGGCGAGGGGAGCGACAGCUGGUCCCCGUUCGUAGCCAACUUCUCCAGCCUGGACAACACAACGCUGAGCCUGAACGCGUCUCUCAUCCAGAGGAGCCACGUGCUGAGCCUCGAGGAGCACUACAAGAUGGUGCUGCGCGAAAGAGGGAGUCUGAUGCUGCAACUGAUGGACCCGUCUGCUGACCCUUGCGAGGACUUCUACCAGUUCGCCUGCGGAAGGUGGAAUGGAAAGUUCCCAAUCAGACAAGACAAGGCCGUGGACAAUACCUUCGAGCGCUUGAAGGAGGACCUAGACGACGUACUGCGCUCUCUGCUGGAGGAGGAGCCUUUAACUUCCGACAAUAACAUCACCAUCACCGUCAAGACUUUGUACGCCGGCUGCAUGAACACUGAAGCCAUCGAGGUCAUGGGAGCUGAGCCGCUGCUGGCAUUGCUGCGGGAGCUGGGUGGCUGGCCCGUACUGGAAGGGGACGCCUGGAAUAACACCGAUUAUGACUGGGUGCGGCAGAUGGCUCGCCUCAGGAACUACAACAAUGAUAUCCUUAUCUCGGAGUGGGUGGCGGCUGACAUCACCAACUCAUCCAAUCACAUCAUUCAGUUGGACCAGCCUGAAUUAGGUCUGCCAGGGCGGGAGUAUUUCAUCAACCCCGGAGACUACCAGUACCGCGAAGCCUACCUGGAUCUCAUGCUCAAUGUGGCGCAGAUGCUGGGCGCGCCUCUUCCAGUGGCUCUCAAAGACAUGACGGAGGUUCUGCACUUCGAGACGCAUCUGUCAAGGAUUCUGACGCCAGCCGAGGAGAGGAGGAAUCUGUCAGCCGUUCAUCGCCGCCUCACCGUGGACCAGCUCGGCGAGGAGGUGCCUGAGAUUGACUGGACCCAAUACCUAGACAUCAUCACGUGGUACAACAACCACUCUGACGAGGUAGUGGUGUUCGGCCUCGACUACUUCAAGAAGCUCGUCUCCCUGCUCGAGUACACGGACGACAGGACCGUGAGUAACUACCUGCUGUGGCGCUUCGUCAAAAACAGGAUCAGUAACCUCGGGGAGCGGUACACGAAGGUGAAGCAGGACUACAUCAAGGUGCUCUUUGGCAGACAGAGCCAGCCCGAACGAUGGCGGUCGUGCGUGACAUACGUGAGCGGCAACCUGGGCUACGUGGUGGGCGCAAUGUUCGUCAAGAGAUACUUCCCAGAGGCCAGCAAGAAUGACACCGACGAGAUGAUUGGACUCAUACGGGAGUCGUUUGGUUCGGCGCUACAGGCUGCCCACUGGAUGAACGAGGAGACGAGGCAGGUGGCGCAGGAGAAGGUGAACACGAUAGUCAAGAACGUGGGCUAUCCGGAAUACCUGCUCAACGACACCUAUAUGGAUCAGGUGUACAAUGAGCUGAGCUUCAACCGGGAGACGCAUUUCGAGAACGUGCUCAAGAUGUUGCAGUUCCACGCUCGCACCAACCAUGACCUACUGUCCGUGCCCGUGAACCGCACAGCCUGGGUCACCUCCCCCGCAGUCGUCAACGCCUACUACAGCAGAUCCAAGAACAUGAUUGUGUUUCCAGCGGGCAUCUUGCAGCCACCAUUCUACCACCCAGCCUUCCCGCGCUCCCUCAACUAUGGCGGCAUCGGGGUGGUCAUCGGGCACGAGAUAACACACGGUUUCGAUGACCGCGGCCGCCAGUUUGACAAGAACGGCAACCUUCAACAGUGGUGGACCCCGAGUGACGUGUCUCAGUUCUACCAGCGCGCCUCCUGCAUGCUAGACCAAUACGGGGAGUACGAGGUGGACGAGGUAGGGCUCAAGAUCAACCCUGUGAACACCUUGGGAGAGAACAUCGCUGAUAACGCUGGCAUCAAGAUCUCCUAUCAGGCAUAUCAGAACUGGAGGAAGAACAACGAGGAGACGGUAACUCUGCCCUUCGUCAACCUCACCCACGACCAGCUCUUCUUCCUUAACUUCGGGCAGAUCUGGUGUGAGAUCAACAGCCCCGAGGCGAUGCUGACCAAGAUUCGCAGCGGCCAACACUCCCCCAAUAGAUUCAGGGUGAUUGGAACGUUGUCAAAUUCCGAAGAGUUCAGUGAAGCCUACAGCUGUCCGUUGGGGAGCGCCAUGAACCCUGAGAGGAAAUGUCGCGUAUGGUGAGGCGUUCACAGAGGAGCCGCCACCACGCCGCCCGGACUACAGGCGCUCCCCAUGCCACGUGAGGGAACCUGGGAGGGGCAGCGCCUUCCCCCACGUCCCUUCACACCCUAAUGGCAGCCGAGCGGGAAGGGCGCGAGGGAGGGGCAAGAGAAGAAGAAUAGAGAGAGAGAUAUCCAACUACAAGAAUAAAAACAACGCAGACAAUACUAGCCAAUGUAGUUGCUCGAUCCGCAUAGUUCUCUCACUGCCACACUGAUGAAGACCAAAAAAAAAAAGUGUGUGUGUGUGUGUGUGUGUGUGUGUGUGUGUGUGUGUGUGUGUGUGUGUAUGUAUGUAUGUAUGUGUCGUGCUCCAAUUGCGACAGUGAUGUGUUGCCGGGAAGAGCACAGGACUAGUGGACUCGGUAAGAAACGGCAAACAAGAUCAUUCCGCCGGGUGGAUACAAUAUUCAGAGAGAGAUGCGGUACUCAUCAGCUCCCGCCCUCGCCACCGCCGGCUUGGCCACCACGCGGGCGGAGACGCAGAGACGGGACUUGAGAGGCUGAAGAGGAAGAGUCCGUAGCAAUCAGGCAGUAAAGGGCGUGAGUAUGCCUGACAAGGCGUGACAGGGAAACCGGUGCUGAAAGUGGUGGUAUCUGCAGUGGCGAUGGUAGUAUAUAGGGGUGGUAUUGGUAGUCGCUAUGGUGGAGGCAGUUAUGGUAAUUGUGGUUGUGGUGAUAACGGCAGUUUAGCCAGCCUCCAUUUCUCUCCCUCCUGCCCCACCUCGCCCUACCCAGUCAGUCCUCUCUCCCAGCCCUUUUCCAAACUACGUAACUACAAUACGAGUAUUUAACCACGUGAAUUGUCGUUUGUAAAGUGGUGACGACUAACUACUCUAAUACAUUCCACCUCCUUUCCCUCUCCCCCAAACACCUUAACCCUCGCCUCCACCUCCUCCCUCCUCCUCCAGUCCUCAGCUGCCCCUCUCACCCACCUGCCCGGUAUUAAUAAUAUCAAUAAUAAUAACAAUAAUAAUAGUAAUAAUAAUAAUAACAAUAAUGUACAUUCAUCCUGUUGGUGUUAAAUAGUGAAGAUUUAUAAAACUAUCAGAGCAUUUAAAGUAUAUAGUUAAAUGUUAUAGUAGACGUAGGUGUGUAUGUGUGUGUGUGCCUGUGUGUGUGUGAGGAAGAACGUGCGUGCUGUGAUAGAAAGUUGCGAAGUCUUUGUUCUGCUCAAGAUUUACAUAUAAAAAUAAAAAUAAACUAAAUAAUGAUGAUACCAAUAACAGUAAUGAUAAAAGUAAUGAAAUAAAUAAUAAUUGUCAGUCCAUGUACAUCGUAAGUCAAUCAAUCACGUGGAGCUUCGAACCCAACAGAGUUUACCUCCCUGCCUUUCCCCGGCCCUAUAUUCGUAUCCGUCUGUGCGUGGGUGUGUACAUAUUAUCUCCCCGUGUAUGUGUAAAUAUACGUCUGGGCUAUAUGAUAUUUAUUUGUAUAUGUGUGGGUGAGAGCAAUGGGCGCCGCAGCCUGUGGUGGGGUCAGGUUUAAUAGGACAGGACAAGAAGAAAUAAAUUCCAGUUUGAUAAUGUUAGAUCUGAAAGAGGGCUGGGAAAAAAAAUACUAGAAUAUGAUAAGAAAUGAGUGUGUUAAUGUUGAUAAAGUGAUACAUAAGCACGAGUUAGGAAGAAACAGUAGGAUAAAUGCGAAAGAAAUAGCUUCAGUUGUGAGAUAAAAAAAUAAAGAAACAGCAGGACUGAAACUGGAUUUUAGAAUAGAAUAAUGGAUGGCUGGAAUAGACUCAGUAGUCAGGCUGGUAGUGCUGAAUCUACAGGGAGCUUUCAAAGAUUAGACAAAUUUAUGGAUGAGGAAGAUAGAUGGAAAUAGGGAUUGUUUUAUACAGGGACUUCAAAACCAACUUGCCACAUAUUCCUGUGUCCUUGUAGUACACUAACACUCCACGCUCACUCUUAUUAUAUCGUUUUCUCCAUUCUUAAUCCUCUGAGCUGAUACCAAACUUCUUACAAAACCUUUCAAUUUAUAUUUCUUUGCAGUUCGAAGAUUUUAUCCUAUUAGUAACACAUCGUUAGUUAUAUUCUGGAUAUCUUUACAGAGUUUAAGAUAAGAUUGAUAUUUUCUUAAUUUUUUGGUAAAAAUCAUAAUCACUCAUCCAUCACAUCUGCAUAUCAUUGACUGUCAUGACUAAAUAAUUGGCAGCUACAUGACGUCAAAGUUAUGUGUAGUACUUAUUUGACUAGCCAGAAAACAUUAGGCGCAGUGGAGUGAUUUAAGUUACUAGGCAGAGCAGACCGUGUCGAAAGCUAGCAAUUUAGGACUUCAAGUGUUUCUUCCUUGCUACGGAACUGUUACCUGAUUAUUAGUUCGAUAUGAAGUGCAGGAAACUAAACUAACUCAUCGUCUUCGAGUAACGGACAGCAGUACAACGCUAUUUAUUGAAUGGCCCCACUACCACAGGCUUCAGCGCCAUAUUUUCUCUUUCCACACACUAUAUGCGGACUAGAGAUCUCGAAUGCUCGUCCAUGCGUUCCCCGCUGUUUUGCCCCAUCCCGCCUCGCCUUUUCACGUUAUGCUCUUGUGUCCCUGUGUACUCUCUCUCCCUCCCCCAGAACACAGCCCUGCCCUCUCCUCCACCAACGCAAUACUUUCCACGGCGACGAUCCUCAAGUGUAGAUAUUUCUUAUAUCAGUGUUUUUGGAAUGCGGGAGGAGAGUGUGUCGUAGAAGUGUUUCCCUCGGAGUGUGUGUAGAGAACGUGUUUCCUAGAAUGGUUUAAGGCAAGUGUUCCCUAGAAGGAUUUAGGGGGAUGUGCUCCCUAGAAGGGUUUUAGGGGAUGUAUAUUCCCCAUAAUAAACUAACUCUUAA